GCAAAGUGCAAGCAUCCGCCUCUUCCACUGACUGAUCAACUUCAAAACAGCCUUUUCUAAGCGUGACCCUUUUAGAGAGUGAGGUGGUUAGAUUGACCGUUGUUGUGCUUCUGAAAUCGUACAAAUAUGCUGUCGUUGACGUUGAGGCAAAUCGCACGGCCAUUGUGCCUGCGUGCCCCGGUGGCCCUGAGCAGCGUUGGGGCGAGGAGGAGCCAGCAUGCGGCUACCCGUAGUGUGGAACAGGAGGCCCCGUGGACUGGGCAGGACAGUCUGGCCCAGGACGACCCGGAGAUGUGGGACUUGCUGCGGAAAGAGAAGGACCGGCAGUGUCGAGGACUGGAGCUCAUUGCCUCUGAGAACUUCUGCAGUCGGGCUGCGCUGGAGGCCCAAGGAUCCUGCCUCAAUAACAAGUACUCAGAGGGCUACCCAGGCAGGAGGUACUACGGUGGAGCUGAGGUGGUAGACCAGAUAGAGUUGUUGUGCCAGAAGAGAGCCCUGGAGGCCUUUGACCUGGACCCUGCCCUGUGGGGGGUGAACGUCCAGCCCUACUCUGGCUCUCCCGCCAACUUCGCUGCCUACACCGCCGUCCUCAACCCUCACGACCGCAUCAUGGGCCUGGACCUGCCUGACGGUGGACAUCUGACCCAUGGUUACAUGUCUGACACCAAGAGGAUAUCUGCUACCUCCAUCUAUUUUGAGUCCAUGCCCUACAAGCUCAAUCCUGCCACAGGGCUCAUUGACUAUGACCAGCUGGAGAUGACUGCCCGUCUCUUCCGGCCCAAGUUGAUCAUUGCAGGCACCAGCGCCUACGCUCGCCUCAUUGACUACGCUCGCAUCAAGAAGUUGUGUACGGAGGUGAAAGCCUACCUGCUGGCUGACAUGGCCCACAUCAGUGGUCUGGUGGCUGCGAAGGCUGUCCCCUCGCCAUUCAAGUAUGCUGACAUGGUCACCUCCACAACACACAAGUCCCUCCGGGGAGCCAGGGCUGGUCUGAUCUUCUACCGUAAGGGCGUGCGUUCUGUGGACAAGAAGGGGAGGGAGAUCCAAUAUGACCUGGAGGACCGGGUCAACUUCGCUGUGUUCCCCUCUCUUCAGGGGGGACCCCACAACCACGCCAUCGCUGGGGUGGCUGUCGCACUCAAACAGGCCCAGACGCCGAUGUUCAGAGAGUACAUUGGCCAGGUGAUGCGUAACGCCAAGGCCAUGGCUGAGGCCCUACUGAGCAAAGGAUACACGCUGGUGUCAGGGGGGACGGAGAACCAUCUGGUGCUGGUGGACCUGAGGCCUAAGGGCAUCGAUGGAGCCAGAGCUGAGAGAGUUUUGGAGCUGGUGUCCAUCACAGCCAACAAGAACACCUGUCCCGGGGACAAGAGUGCCCUGGCUCCUGGGGGCCUCCGGCUAGGUGCCCCGGCGCUGACCUCCAGACAGUUCAAGGAGACAGACUUUGUCCAGGUGGUGGAGUUCAUGGACGAAGGCUUUAAGAUCGCCCUGGACGUCAAGAAGAAGACUGGGAAACUUGCAGACUUUAAGAACUUCUUGUUGGAGGAUCCAGAGACGGUCUCUCGCAUGGCAGAGCUGAAGAAACGAGUGGAGGCCUUCGCACGGCCCUUCCCCAUGCCCGGCUUCGAGGAUCACUAGGCCCUCGGCUUCGAGGAUCACUAGGCCCUCCACACACAGAGAGAGAGAGAGAGAGCGCGAGAGAGCAGGGAGAGUCAGUCAAGCAUUUCCAUUCCAAUAUCCAACACUAGCGUACUACUUAGAAGGAAGCAGAAAUGUAUUUGGAGGUGAUUUUGAAGUGGUAGGCUAUUAUGGACUUUGGGAACUUGGUGGUGGUCAGUGAUUGGAGUCAGACCAGGCGUAACCUCGCAGACUUAUCCAAACAGAUGGUUUGAUGUCAUCUGUUGACCUCUGACCUAACGUGAGGGUAAUUCUGUAGCUUCUAACCCCCUUUGUAUGUUUACACAAACAAAAACAUCCUUAUUUUCUAAGUGUUUAUUUUCUGCAUGUUUUAAGGUUGCAGUGUAGGAGAAAGAGCUCAACGUCAGACCCUGAGAGAAAUGUCAUCUAAACUUACUGUCACCACAAAGGUACAUUUUUAUUAGAAGCACAGAGUCUUAAACUAUAAAUGAACACAUUGUCUUAAUUGAUCGACUUGAUGACUAGAUGUUCAUGAUGGAGAUUUGAUUAAUACACGUCUGUCAUACAACCCUA